AUGCAGCUUUGGCUUUCCACUUUCCUGAGCUUGGGCCUUGCCCUUGUGCAGACCUCUUCUGCGGCCCCAGCACCCGUCAGUGCUUUGAGCAAGCGGAUUGUUGAUAACCUUCCACCAAGUGACCAGUUCAUAACUUGCCCGGGAUAUCGCUAUAGCCGCCCCCAAGUGGAAGCAGCUGUCCAGCGAGGCAUCACCAACACACCAACCAAUGAGCCCCAACCUGGUGGUUACCCGCACCCCUUCGGCAAUAACCGCAGGCUGAAAUUCUCUGACGCAUGCAAGGGUAAAACGUUGUAUGAGUUCCCCAUCCUGCAUGGGGACAGUAUCUUCGGUGGCGGUGACCCUGGCGCCGACCGAGUCGUGUUUUAUAUUUAUACAACCAACCCGGACACGAACCCAACGCAGAAUGGCGCAUAUUGCGGUGUUAUGACCCAUGAUGGCGCUGCUAUGAAUGAGUUUGAGUUGUGCCCAUCGGAGGAUUAA